CCACAAUGUCGAUGAUGAACAUGAUUUUAGCGAGUCUGCUUCUCGUGUUCUUCAUUUGCGUUAUUGCAGAAGCACAUGCGAGGAAAACACUAUACACAGAUGACGGUAUUUGCAAGAGAAUGGUAGAGACACAGGGUUAUACUUGUGAAGAACACAAGGUUACGACGGUAGAUGGCUACAUUCUUAGCCUGCAGAGGAUGCCGGCGGGGCGAUCCGGUAAGGCAGCAGACAAGCCACCAGUUCUUUUGCAACAUGGUCUCUUUAUCGAUGCUAUAACAUGGUUGUUCAACACUCCGGAAGAAUCAUUGGCAUAUAUCUUAGCGGACAAAGGCUUUGAUGUGUGGCUUGCCAACACUCGUGGGACAAAAUAUAGCAGCGCCCAUACAUCAUUUAGUCCUAAUGACAUGGCAUAUUGGGAUUGGUCAUGGGAUGAGUUAGUAAGUUAUGAUCUUCCUGCUUCACUCAGUUAUGUAUUCAAUCAUACCGCUCAGAAAAUGCACUACGUAGGUCAUUCCUUGGGAACUUUAACAGCAUUAGCUGCAUUCUCUGAAGAGCAACUAAUGAAUAUGUUGAGAUCAGCCGCAUUACUUAGCCCGAUUGCUCAUUUGAAUCAAAUUAUGUCGCAACCAACAAAGCUUGCUGCCGACCUUUUCAUAGCAAAUGAUGUUUACUGGUUGGGCCUUCAUGAAUUCAUUCCCAAUGAGAAUGUUGCAUCCAAAUUUCUAGAGGGCAUUUGCAGAAGCUUAAAACUGAAUUGUUCAGAUCUAAUGACUGUUUUUACAGGUCCCAAUUGUUGCAUAAAUUCUUCGAGAAUAAAUAUAUUUCUUAAUAAUGAACCGCAACCAUCAUCUACCAAGAAUUUGAUACAUCUAUCACAAAUGAUAAGAACAGGAAAAAUAGCAAAGUAUGAUUAUGGUAAUGAAGAACAAAAUAUACAACACUAUGGAGAGGCUAGUCCUCCUCUUUAUGAUAUGGCUAGUAUUCCAAAUGGGUUCCCACUUUUCCUAAGCUAUGGUGGACAAGAUAUGUUAUCUGAUGUAAACGAUGUCAAGCUUUUGCUCACGGACCUCAAAGAUCAUCAUAAGAAUAAGCUUGUCUUCUUGUUUAUACAAAACUAUGCUCAUGCUGAUUUCGUUAUGGGUGUCAAUGCUAAACAAAUUGUUUAUGAUCCUAUUAUGGCUUUCUUCAAUGAUAAUUGAUUACCAAUUGUUAUUCACU